AUAAACGCUUCAUUGGGAGCACACGAUUAGUUAAUCGACCACCUCAAAUAUAUACUAAAAAUACACUAGUUUGUUUAAAGUUUAGUUUUCAUCAACAUAGUGCGAUCUUCUAUUUCAGAAUGCCGCUAAAAUUAUAUAAAAUGGACUUGAGUCCGCCAGCCUGUGCUGCCAUGAUGAUUUGCGAGAUUCACAACGUUCCAGUUGAGAUGAUUGAUUUGAAUCUUCUAGAAAAGGAGCAAUUAAAGCCUGAGUAUCUAAACAAAAAUCCAAUGCACUCAGUUCCUAUGCUAGAGGACGACACUGAUUCAUUGUUUAUUCAUGAUAGCCACGUGAUUCUCACAUACAUAACGGAUAAGUAUGGCAAAGACGACACCCUGUAUCCCAAAGAUCUGAAGAAAAGAGCACUUGUAGACCAAAAGUUAUAUUUUGAUACACUCCUGUUUAACCGUGUAAAAUCUAUAUCUUUUCCAGCAUUAUUUGAGGGAGUACGACAAGUGCCAGAAAAACCUCGGAACGCUCUACUUGAGUGCUACGAUUUUCUAGAAACAUUCCUCACUAAAACGAAGUUUAUUGCCGGCGACAACAUAACUAUCGCCGAUGUAUCCAUAGUCCCUACUGUUGCUGCGGCGAGCUACAUUGUUCCGAUUGAUGAUAAAAAAUACCCAAAACUUCAGGCGUGGUUCUCUAAUAUGGAAAAGCAGCCAUUUUACCAAAAACGUACUGCAGCAGGAACGAUGCAGCUCAAGGAAGUCCUUCAGAAGUGUCUAGAUCAGUAAAUAAGAAAUAGACUAUAAAUCAUCA